AUGGCGCGUAGUCGAAAGACGACUCCCUCUGCGCAAGCGACUGAGCCGCUGUCGACUGCGCCCGCUGGCUAUCCGACAAGAUCGCGCGUCGAAGCUGGGGACCAAACAAAUCCCCCACCGGGAACACAACGCGUAACAACACGACGUUCAGCACGCGCAAAAAGCGUUGAAAGUAAUGAAAGCUCUGAAAGUCGCUCGUCAAAAAUUCUACAACGCGAAGAUGCGCCACAAUCGAUUUCUCAAAUUGACCUUACAACAGUGGAGGAGGAAUCUGAUAAUGAAGACGAGGAUCUAGAUAUUCCUCCGCCUGAUGAGGUAGCAGACCUCGGUGCGACAGCAGGAGAUGAAGAUGAUGACGUUGUCGGCGAACGUUCCCUACAUUCCAUGUCAGGCACAACUGCUCAGGAUCAGCUGUCGGAGGACGAAGAUGAAAAUUUGAACCCCCAUUUGCUGUUGGCGCACAGCCCAGCUGUCUAUCGCGCAGCUAUCGAUCUGAUCAAACGUUUUGAUCAGCACAAACCUAUCCUUCUCCAGAUAUUAAAAGGCAUUGAUCGAGCGGAUUCAUCAACGGCGAUUAGUUUCCGGAAAGAUGUUGAAGCUCUUCAGGACGCCGUGGAACAACUUGGUGAGGCAUUCGGUCAUAGGCUUAGCUUGUUCAGCCCGGACCACGUCAUGGAAAGAUUGUUCAAACAAUCGUUGCCUCAUAUGACAUCUGAAUGCUGGCGACUUACAGAGUUGAUUCAAUUGCUCAAUCUCGCCGUCAUUUCCAAAGAAUUGGCAGGCACACCGAUAGAGACAGAGGUUCUGGCCGAGAACCUUCGCCAGUUAGACGCCCAGUUCCCUUUCCCUUUUAUCAAAGACCUCAACAUGUCAGAAGAUAGCCCUCACGUUGUUGGUAAUAGCUAUUUGCAAACAGAAACUUUUGAGGUAGCUCUUGCGAUUCGUUUACAGGUCACAGUGAUGGAAAUUCAGCUCAAGUUUGAGGCGGAUGGUUUUAAUGCGACCGAGUUUAUCCAAGAGAUGUUCUACGCAGUCCCUGGAAGUCAUGAUAACUUACGUGCAUGGGAUGUGAACGGAUUGGGUAGUGGAGAAUUGGGAUUAUUACCCGAGUUCGAGAAAAAGAUCCGUCGGCGGAUCAAGCGAUUACUCAACGCACUGGAGGAAGAUGCUCAUGAAAUUGCCGAUGGCUCUGAUGAAGGCUUGCAAAUUCUCACGAGGAACUUCCCUUGGACCGAGUUCAGAGCCGCCGUGCUUAGAUGGGCGAAGCUGCGUAUGGAAGAAAUUACUUCAUCAAUUGACGGCGCUGGUGGGAUCGAAAAGCUCAUGGACGAUAUUCGAACUGAGCUGUCCAAAGACAACACAUUCGAUGCCAAUGCUUCAGUGCCGUCCAGGCGCAGCCCAGUGAAACAAAAGGCCAAGAUCAGUACGAGCGAGGCACCUCGGUCAUCACAGUCUUUGAGCUCACCAUCGAAGCUUCAAGCCGAAAUUGGUGAGCCUAACGCUCAUGGCCACGCGCAAGAUGUUGAGGCGUAUAUCGAUGAGGAAAGUAGCGAAAAAGCGCCAGCAGUUGAUGCAGAGCUAGCCGAUGUGUUGAACAAGUUCACCGAGAGUCAGAAACAGCGCAAAGAAAACAUUCGGCAAACGCCUACUUCUAGCGCCAAUCCUGCACGUAGACGACAAUUUGUUGACGAGCAGGAUGAUGCAGAGCGCAUUUCACAAUUUGAAGACGGGACACAGCCAGCUUUGGACCAGCGUCCCAAUCAAAGCAAGGCAAUAUCAAGUCAGCCGACUUGGAAACGUAGGCAUGCCUCGUCCGAUGACGAUGUUUCGGAAGACGAAGGCUUACAGUUUGAUACGCGAGAAAUUGACAUGUCACAACGCCGUCGAGCUGCACCACGUCUUAGUCAAAGUCCCAAGCGCGUUCGCAUCACAGUUCCUGACUCUGAUGUGAGAGACGAACGCGUUCGUGAAUAUGAAGAGCAAAAGGCCAUUAUGACGUCGCAAACACGUCACGCUAUGCAAUCACGGCCGCGAACCCAGUUAGGACGAACCAGAUGGAAUGCGGCAUCAGAAAUGAGGCUUGAAGAGCUCAUUGCCGAACAUGGGAUCAGCUGGGCCUACCUCAAGAGCCUUGAUCAAGAAGGUGAUAAUCUGUUUGAUGGACGUGAUCAAGUAGCUCUCAAAGACAAGGCUAGGAACAUGAAGAUACAGUUUCUUCUAAACGGUUUAAACCCUCUCCCCCGCAAUUGGGAGCUUGUUCCAUUGGAUAAAAAGGCCGUGGCUCGACUGUUACUCGGUAACGUUGAUAUCGAACGCCUGUUGGCAGCUGGUGUCGGCCUGAAGCAGCUGUGCGAAGCUGGUGCGAACGUCCAAGACCUCGCAGAUGCCGGUGUCACUAAGGAGCAGCUGCAGAAUACUGGUAUUUCACAGGCACUGCUUGACAACAUCACGUUUCCAGGAUAA